CUGACGUACAGUAACGUCAAAUGCGGUAGUGGCUAUUAAACAGCAAAACUCGAGCCGUAGCGCUAGUCGAGCAAGGUCUGUUUCCAGACCGGUGCGACCGUCUCAAACUUGACGCUCAGCGGGCCGCAGAGAUUUUCUUCGGGGAGCGCUAAGUCGCUGAGACAAACAUGGGCAACGCAGAAAGCGGCUGCGGCGGAGGCAGCGGCGACGACGAAGACGUGGAAACGGAGAGCCCCGGCUUCGCGGAAGACAGUCCGGCCUCUGCGGCCACUGGCGGCGGUGUCGGAGGCGGAGGCGGUGGCGGCUCCGGCUCCGGGAGAGGCGGAAGGGGAUCGAAUAACGUGCCGGUGCCCUCCGGCGGGCCGCCGAGCCCCGGGGUGCUCCUGGAGCAAGUGAAGCUGCGGGAAGCGGCGGCCCGCAUCAGCGACUCGGGGGUCGCCAUUCAGGAGUCCGUCCUGGCGGGCAACGAGAGCGUCCUGGUGCGGUGGCUGGAGGACCGCCUGAACCGAGGCGAGGAGUCCGUCAACGUGGAGCAGUUCUGCGAGAUGCUGGAGAGCAGGGAUGCUCCGAGGGACGAGUGUGAAGAGGCCUUUGGACAGUUCGAUGCCGAAGGCGACGGUGUGGUGGACGUAGAGAGCAUGCUGAUCGCGCUGAAGAGCUCCAACGGCGCUAAUCUACAGGGAGAGCUGAGUCAUGUGAUAAGACAGCUACAAGCGUGCACCCUAACCCCAGGUUUUGUUGACAUAUUCUCCAAGAACAAAGACCGGUUAGGAGCACAUGCCUCUAAGAUCCUUAAGUUCUUGCAUAGGAAUCGCAUUCCCAGCAGUGCCAUACCUUUCCCCAUCUUAGAGGGCUACAACAGCAUCUGCACCAUGAGGUCCAGUGUGGUCCAGGACUACUUGGAAUUCCUCUUACAGAAGGAGAAAGAUUUCGAUAUCCAAUAUAGAGCGGAGCUGGACCGUGACCCAGAUGUGGACAAGGUCAAAGUAGUCACGCAGUGCUACAGCACAAUAGAAGUUUCGUCCAACGGUGCUGACAUUUACAAGAUGACGAAUGGAGAAACAACGUCGUUCUGGCAGUCGGACGGCAGUGCACGCUCACACUGGAUCAGAUUGAAAAUGAAACCAGAUGUGGUCCUGCGACGUCUGGCCAUUGCUGUGGCCUCCAAUGACCACAGCUACAUGCCUCAGCUGGUCUCCGUCGCCGUGGGAAAGAACCGCCGCUCCCUGCAGGAGAUCAGAGACAUUCGCAUCCCCAGCAACAUGACCGGCUACGUAGCUCUCCUGGAGAAUGCCAACAUCACACACCCAUACAUCCAAAUCAACAUUAAGCGUUGCCUGAGUGAUGGAUGCGACACACGGAUUCAUGGCUUGAAGACGCUGGGUUAUCAGAUUACGAAAAGUAAAGAGGUGUCUGUUUCGGAUGCUUCUGCUAUCUGGUACCUGUCUCUCCUCACCUCCUUGGUCACUGCCUCCAUGGAGACGAACCCUGCUUUGGCCCAGACAGUUCUCCAGAGUACACAAAAAGCCUUACGACACAUGCCGCCAUUGUCUCUGACGCCAUCGUCCACAGAGUUCCCCAAGUUCUUCUCUUUGAACAUCCUGGAGGAGGUGGAUGGAUUUCUACUCAGGAUAGCAGACUGCUGUGUGAGUCCCGAUGCAGAACUGACCCUCCUGGCUUUUGCUCUGGCCAGAGGCAGCGUGGCUAAAGUGCUCCAGGCCCUGUCCUGCAUCAGCGACCAUUUAGAGGCCGAGUACAAGGCCUCCUCCUUGAUCACAUCUAUGGCCUCGGUUAGACUGCGACUACUCUAUCGCAACGGGAAGCCCCUCCAGCUGCACCUACAGGCCUGUGAUGUGAAGAGCAAAGAGGAGAAAUCAGGACCAGAGAACAUGCUCACAGAAUCCGCUACUGGAGAUGGUUUUCUCACCGAAAGCGGCCGAAAGAAAGCCAGUGUGAUCCUGUCUACGGAAGACCAGAGCAACUUCCAGGUCACUCAGAUGAAGAUCAAAGUGCGAAAAGGAGCCAUUGGCGCAAAAUGUGGCUUGGUGUUUGCAUACAAAGAGGAAGACCCUUUUGAUGCAGAGAAACACUUCAGGAGGUUCAAAAAGUAUGAUACAUGGGACUACAAGGACUACAAAGAGUUUGUACAAGACAACGUAAGGACUCCAGCACAGGCCGAGGACGAGCCGAUUGGUUGGUUUGAGCUGGAGGAGGACUGGAACGAUGUGGAGAUCAAGCUGCAGCAGUGUCGCGUAGCGAAGUUCUUGAUGGUGAAGUUCCUCUGCACCAGGCAGGAUUCUGCAGAGCGCCUUGGUGUGCAGUCGCUCAGCUUCAGCGGCUACCUGUGCCCUGGGACAGAGAGGCUGGCAGACCUAGAUGACCUCAGUCCAGAUGGGGAGGGCUUAGAUCGCGGUGCUGUUACUGGACUCUGUCUACUUAACAAGACAAUAUUCUUCAUUCAGCAGCUUACAAGAGACAUGGAUGCAUCUCACUUCAAGCAGAAGUAUCUUCUGGACUUCAGUGGUCUCAGUCUCAACAUCUUCUGGAAGUUCUACAGUAAACUCAGGGAGAUUGAGGGGGAGGAGGUGUUGAAGAGCAGGGUGCUCCUGCUCCAGCUGAUGCAGAACUGCUUCCCCAUGCUACCCAACCCACUGGAGUCCCGGGGGCUGGAGGAAAGCCAGGCACCAAACGAGGGGGCCGCAGCAACUGCUUCUCCAUCCACCUUCAGCGGUGGGGAGCCUCAGGAUAAUUCUCUUAUUGCAGUGUGGGAACUCUACACUCACCUCUGCCACAUUGUUGAUGGUCCACAGGGCGAGACAUCAGUGGAAAUAGCUCUGCGCAAAGAAGCAGUGAAGGCCAUUCUUAGUGGGGCUGUUGUUUUCUUCCCUGAUAAACACGUCAGGCGGGACAAACUCUUCCACAUGAUGAAAAAUAUUACAGAAGAAGAUCAGCCAGAGUCUGUAAAGGUGACUUUUGAAUCACUCUGCAACUACUUCAGCGAUCAAGACCCGAGCGGCCUCCUGCUGCUCCCUCCUAAAGGAGCUCCUGUGGACUUUGACAUCAGCCCCAUUCUGUCAGUGAUGGAGACGCUGCUGCAGGUGGCAACGAGAGAGUGUGAAGUUAUGAUGGUGGACGAGAGCAGUGGCGCUAGCAGGACUGUAUUACUGGCGUUGUUCUGGGCCCUGCAGGGCAGUCUGCUGUCUUGGUGCUACCUACAGUUUAAGGGAGGUGCUGCCACUGCUGUUGCCAUGGAUCUGGCCAGGGCCAUUUUACUUAAUUAUGUGGAACAGUUCCUCGGAAGCAUUAAGGUUAUCCUCGGUUGCCUGCUGGAGAAAUACACCAGUGCUGAAAUUACUGACAAACUUGGCAACUCCAUCCUCACCACAGUUUUCCGACAACUGAUGAUUUUCCUCCUGGAGCUGUGCUCUUUGGAUAUUCCCCACAGUCUGCUGCUGAAGAGCUUCUCCUCCCUGGUUGAACUGCUGAAAAGCCUUUCCAGUGAUACUGGAGAUAUCUUUUCCAAGGUGGAUCAGGAGAGCUGGCAGCAGCCUCAGCAGCCCGUCGUGCUGAGGACGUGGAACAUGGAGUCACCCCACAACUACGAGAACUGCCGCCAUGAGACCACCAUCUUCGCGUGCCCCGGUGCUACUUCCUUUGAAGUGGAGUUUGAUGAACGCUGUGAAACGGAGAAGAGAUACGACUACCUAGAAUUUACAGAUUCUAGAGGCGGGAAGGUCCGAUAUGAUAUGAAAGUUGGAACGGAAAAGUGGCCAAAGAAAGUGACAUUUGAUGCUGGCCCUCAGCUCCAGUUCCUCUUCCACUCUGACAGCAGUAAUAACGAGUGGGGUUACAAGUUUACUGUGACGGCCAUGGGUCUGCCCGAUAUCACCAUUUCCUGGAUCUCAGACCUGCAGCUGCUGGUAGCUCGCCUGAUGGGUCGCCUAGCGUCUAGAACUCUGGCACUGAAAUCGCCUCACGAGAUCCGCAGUGUGACGGAGCUUCCAGCGGGAAAGAUGUCUCACGUUCAGUCUUCUCCUUUAUGGAAACCCAUUCUGCGACAUGGGCUGUGUGAAGCGAGAGAGGCCAAACACACUAAAACCGCUCCUGACAAGACGAAUACAUGGUCACUUGAUGACUUGAAGAGCCUCUUGGAGGACUUUGCUCGCUGGAACCCCUCCCAGGAAGCUUCGGACAGCAGAACGGAAGUGAUGAGGACCAUCAUGCAGUCCUGCAAAAAGCAGCCAUCGAGGCAUGAGAUAGCUAGUGGGUCAAAGACAGACCAGGCUGUGAAUUCCAUCUGGGCCGCUAUGGUGUACCACACACCAGCCCUCAGCAGUGCUCUGAAGACCUAUGUACAUCAGGACUGCAAGGCCUGCUUAAGCGAAGAGUUUGUGCAGGUGUACGCACUGGCAGACAGCAUCAGAACGUGGAUGUUAGAGAUGAAGCAGAGGUACCUGGUCGGCAAAAUGAAUGUUCCUGAAGAGAAGGAAGGAGUUCCCGAUGAGGUCACAAUGGAAUCACUAGCCGAGAUGUGUAUCGAGAAGAGCCUUUUGCUGUUCCGAUUCGCCCCCUGUGGAUUGAUCUGUCCGGAUGGUGACUCGCUCAAAGCUGCAGAGGGCGGCGGCGCACCUCUCCUUCGCUCCAUCUCUGUCUCUGAAGGGGACUUCCAGCCCAGCUCCACUGUGGGGUCCCAGAAUCCAGGAUCUGAAGAAGCCAGUGAAUCCAGGGCAGGAGAGAACGUGUCCCCUGGCGCUUCGGCCCAGAACCCGACGUCUUGUGGGCACAACAGGCAGGACCACAGGGGCUCCACAGAGAGCCUCUCAUCCCAGCCAGGGGAGCCAGCCUCACCCUCUGGCCUUCCACGCAAGCCCCCGUUCAGCCGAGCUCGCCUGCGCCUCCUGUCCUGUCGAUCUAUAGAGGAGCCCCGUAUGAACCCCCCCGUCAAGGAUCGCUACCCAAUGCUCAAACACAUUCUAAACUUUAUAAGGGACCAAGCGCUCACAACGGCAAGCAUUCUGCAGACUCUGUCAUUGAACAAAGCCCAGGCUCUGAGCGUGUGCAAGGUCUUGGAGAUGGUUCAGCAGUGUUUACAUUCCCUUGGAAAGCCACACCUCUUCCAAGCACCCUGCAUACUGUUCCUGCAGGAGUUGCUGACUUGUCAGAAGGAUUUCACCAGUUACUUCUCCCAGUUGUCAGACAGUGGACAGAAGCUGGGGGAGAAGGUGAGGCGGUCCUACCAUCAGUUGGUGCUAAUGCUGGUGGAGGCAGUACAAGGCUUCAGCAGCCUCAAUGAAAAAGCUCUGCUGCCCGCACUGUCGUGUGUGCAGACCUGCCUGUUGCACCUUCUGGACAUGAGCUGGGAGGUACACGACCUGAGUCUCUUCCUGGAUAUCAAGCUUCCAGACAUCCUGCUCUGCAUGUCACAGGAGAACAUUAGUGUUCAUGACAUCGCCAUCAGCCAAUGGACAGAGGAAGAUGAAAUCGCGGAUUACAAGAAGAACCAGGAGUGGAUGGAUGAAUGUAUGGAUGGAAUGUUUGAGAAGUGGUAUGACAAAAUUGAUGAAGAGGACUCGAUGGAGGACAGGAGAAAGAUGCACAUGUUCAUCGCACGCUAUUGCGACCUGCUUAAUGUUGUCAUCUCCUGUGACGGAUGUGAGAGAAUGGCACCGUGGCACCGCUACCGAUGUCUGCAGUGCAUGGAUAUGGACCUCUGCAAGACCUGCUUCCUCAGUGGAGCAAAGCCUGAGGGCCACGAGGACGAUCACGAGAUGGUGAACAUGGAGUACGCAUGUGACCAUUGCCAGGGCCUCAUUGUCGGCAGCAGGAUCAACUGCAAUGUGUGUGAAGACUUUGACCUGUGCUUUGGCUGCUACAAUGCGAAGAAGUAUCCAGACAGCCACCUGCCCACCCAUCGGAUCACUGUGUACCCCAUGGUGACCAUCCGAAUCAGUGACCGCCAUCGAUUAAUCCAGCCCUACAUCCACAACUACUCCUGGCUGCUAUUUGCAGGCCUGGCUCUGUACACAUCAGAACUGAGCAGUGAGAAGCUGGUGAAUGGUGAGCCCUUGGCCAACAACAACUUGAGCCAGGCCUCAGUCCUGCAGACACGCUGCUCCCAACUCAUCACUGACUGUUUGCUGAAGGGCCAGACUGGCAAAGGUCUGCGCUCCUCAGCGCUGCUCGCUCUGCUGUCCUCCAGUGACUCAGCUUCCGAUAGCGACCUAUGUCCGGUCUCCCCAGAGUCCUCUCAGGAGCUCAGUACGACCACUGACACCUCCUCUCUCCCUGGCAGCACCGCAGCAAUCUGCUCCCCAUCAUCUCCCAGAGACAAGAGCAAAUCAUCACAAAAGGAAAGAAAGGCAAAAGAGGGGGACUUCUCCCCCUCUGUGCCUCCAGAGGUGUCGUCCCCCCCCAGCACUGGAGAGGAGGAGAAAAGAAAGCUGGUUACUCAAGACACCCUGGACUCGCCCAGCCUCAGUCAGACUCCUUCUGUGUCCAGCGAGGACCCCCUCUCUCCUGUGGUGCGACCUUUAGAGUCUGGACUAGGGACAGUCAACUCUCCGGCAUCAGAUGUGGCUAAGGAUGCUGGCGAGAGGCUGCCCCAGGUUCCCCUACAGGAGCAUGUGUUCUCAGAGUGCUCCAGAGAGAGGAUCCUAGGGCUCCUAGCAGCCAUGCUUCCACCAGCUAUGCCAGGCAGCAUCCUGUCAUUGCCUAGUCUGAGCUCCAUCCUGCCCCAGCUUUUCAGGGCAGUCAUUUCCAACGCUGGCUCGCUCAAUGAGACCUACCACCUCACCCUGGGACUGCUGGGCCAGCUGCUGCUUCGAAUCUCUCCGACGGAGGCGGACACCGCCGUCACAGAGGCUCUGGCUGACAAGUACGACCUGCUGACUCAGGGAGAUGCAGCCAGUUCAGACACGCAGGGCUGGAAGACCACUCAGCUGCUUUUCAGUCUAGGGGCUGUCUGUUUAGACAGUCGUAUUGGUUUGGACUGGGCGUGCACAGUUGCGGACAUUUUACACAGUCUGAACGCUUGCCCUGAAUGGAGCCUAGUCAUUGCUGCCUUCACUGACCAUUGCAUUCAGCAGCUGCCACAGACUCUCAAACGCACCAACCUCUUUACCCUGCUGGUGCUGGUGGGCUUCCCUGAGGUGCUGUGUGUGGGCACCCAGACUGUGUUCAUUGACAACGCCAAUGAACCACACAACAUGAUCCUGCUCAAACACUUCACGGAGAAGAACCACGCUGCGGUGGUGGACGUUAAAACACGCAAGAGGAAAACGGUGAAGGACUAUCAGCUGAUCCAGUCUCAGGAUUCUACUACAGUCAGCCUCACGGGGCAGUCAGGGGGCCAAGGUCCCCCGAAAACAUUGCUGAGCCGCUACUUAAAUAAUUUCACUGCUAUCAUCAGCCACUUGCUGCAGACCAGCGAGGACAAUAGCUCUCCUGAUGCUGUGGAGGCCUCCUGGGUUCUGUCCUUGGCCCUGAAAGGCCUCUACAACACACUCAAGAAGCACGGAGUAGAGCAGGCUCAGGAAGCCAUCCAUCAGUCAGGACUGACCCAGCUGCUGGUGAGGAAGUGCAGUAAAGGGACAGGCUUCAGCAAGCUGUGGUUGCUGAGAGAUCUGGAAAUUCUCUCCAUCAUGCUGUACUCCUCGAAGAGAGAAAUCCACUCCAUGGCCCAGGAUCCUGAACGAGACCAAAGAGAGCAGGACAAGGAGCACGACUCGGACCAGUCCAGCUGCUGCGCUGAUGACACCGACAUCAACAAGCCGGACCCACUGGAGGGUCUCGAUGAGGAGACCAAGAUUUGCUUCCAGAUUACCCACGAUGCCUUAAACGCUCCUCUGCCCAUUCUGCGUGCAAUGUACGAGCUGCAAAUGAAGAGAACUGACUCUUUCUUCCUGGAGGUGCAGAAGAGAUUUGAUGGAGAAGAGAUAAAAACAGAUGAGACAAUCCGUACUCUGGCUCAGAAGUGGCAGCCUAGCAGGCGACUGCGCUCUGAGGAGAGGAACACUAAGGCUGUAGACACUGAUAUGAUUGUUGUGUCCUGUGUGUCCAAACCAAGUCACUGUGAAAAGGCCACGGAGGAGAUCAACGUAGUGGCCCAAAAACUCAUCACCAAUUCAGAAAGCGACCUGCAGCUGAGCUACGCAAAGCAGAGGCGCACCAAAAGCUCGGCUCUGCUGCACAAAGAGCUGGACGUGCGCAGCAACCGGGCGGUCCGCCAGUACCUGGUGAAGGUCAACCAGGCCAUCGCCACGCUGUACGCCCGCCACGUGCUGGCCUCCCUGCUGGCUGACUGGCCUGCAGACGCAGCGCUGAGCGAGGAAGCCCUGGCCCUGAACGGCGCCUCGCACAUGGCCUACAUCCUGGACAUGUUAAUGCAGCUGGAGGAGAGGCCGCUCUGGGAGAAGAUCCUGCAGAGGGUGCUGAAGGGCUGCAGCCAGAGUAUGCUGUGCAGCCUGUCUCUCACUGCGUGUCAGUUCAUGGAGGAGCCAGGUAUGGCCGUGCAGGUUCGAGAAUCCAAACACCCGUACGACAAUAACACCAACUUUGAGGACAAGGUGCACAUCCCAGGGGCCAUAUACCUGUCUAUAAAGUUCGACUCUCGCUGCUACACGGAGGAAGGCUGUGAUGAGCUCAUCAUGUCCAGCAGCAGCGACUUCCUCCAAGAUGUCCACAAUUUCAGUGGCUCUCCUCAAAAAUGGUCGGACUUUGAGAUCCCCGGCGAUACCCUGUACUACAGGUUCAUGUCCGACAUGAGCAACACGGAGUGGGGCUAUAAGUUUACAGUCACAGGAGGCCACAGAGGGCGCUUUCAGACAGGUUUUGAGAUACUUAAACAAAUGUUAGCUGAUGAGCAGGCGCUCGGUCACCUGCCGCUUUCAGACAUCUGGGAGUGGCAGGUGGGCGUGGCCUGUCGCCAGACGGGGAACCAGCGGAUCAAAGCCAUCCACUUGUUGCUCCGCCUCCUUCAGUGUCAAUCUCAGACUGCCUGCAAGCUGACGCUGCUGCGACCUCUAUGGCAGCUCUUCAUGUCGAUGGAAAACAGCCUGAGCCAGGAUCCCACCAGUAUCACUGUGCUGCUGCCUCUUCACAGAGCCCUCACCGAGCUCUUCUUCGUCACAGAGGCCCGGGCCAUCGCGGAGGGCGUCCUGCAGGAGUAUUUGUUGGCCAUGACCACCGACGAGCAGCUCCUCGGUCACACCGCGAUGGCUCUGAAGAAUAUCGCCGCCAUCAGUCUGGCCAUCGAUUACCCCAAUAAAUCUACCAAACUCCUCAACAUGUCCUCCUGAGAGGUGCUACAGAGCGAGUGGAGCAGAACAGUCCAGGAGGGGGAUGCGUCCUGAGUCAGCGGGAGUACAGAUGACCCCACUCUGGAAACUCUCUGCUGCACUGUGGAUGUGAGCUAAGGAGGGGGACUCCAGGAGCACUUUCCACAUUUAUUCACCAUACUCCUUGCCUUUAUAUCAGCAUGCGCAUUCACUGGAACAGGAAUGAUUGCAGGGUGUUUUUCUUUCCGUGCGCGUGAGUGUGUUUGGUUCUGAUUGGAGGAUGCCAUGCUAAAUGACUUGAAGUGUGCCAAAUACACGACCUACAAGGGAAGCUAUGCCCCCCCCCCCCUCUCCUAAACAGCAGCCACUAUGGGUUACAUGGUGAAAGCAGGUCACCUUGGCAACUUGCAUGUCUCGGUGGACAUGUAGAGCAUCCUAAAAAUACAGCCCAGGACAGAGUGUCAUUAGUCACCAGAGGGAGAAAGAAGCUGACCUACUAGCUCAUUCCACUCCUUCCAUCCUCCCUACAGUCCUCUCUAGAAUUCCUUUCUUCCUGCUCCUCCCUUUCCUUCUCAGACUGCACAUGCGUGUAACAGAUGUGCCUGUGCACCAGCCACAGUCACAAUAGCCAUAGUGGUGAGAGCCGGUCCCAGCUGAGGGGAGACGGUGAUACUAUUGCAAUGCAUUCCUUCAUCUCAUCCCGUCACUCGGUAAAUGAAUGAAAGAGCAUUAUGAUGUCAUCAUGUUCAUGCAGAAAUGCAUAAUAGCAAAAAACCUGAAGCCCUAUAGUUUUACCCACAUGCAUUUAGUUGCUCAUUUUUCACAGCAGUGGGUGAUAAACAGGCUGUCACACUAUGCUGCCCCUGGAUGUUAUGUAUGGUAACACUGCUGAUUUCCACUAACGCCGAUAUUUAGCACCUUGAGACUUAAUUGACUGUCACUGUUAAAGGCGCCGAUUAAAGCGACACCUCGCUUCCACUUCUUCACAUCUAAGGUCCGUUGAGCUGGAACAGGUGAACACUGAAUUACCUCAUGUUUUCUAAACACACACUUGAGUUGUGCGGAGCUUCCUCGCGUCCUUGAGUCUCAUCACACUUAAACCACAGGUUGCGGAGCUGAACUCUGGUAGCUGCAUCCGCGUCGGCCCCUGUCCGCAGACUAAACCAAGCUCGGUUCGGUCGCUCUGAACACUGCUUUUAAAGAGCGAGCAGAUGUGUUUUUUGUUUCUCCGUUUACUACUGUACGAAUUUCAUGUGAUGAGAUUCUUUUGGUUGGAAGAGGUCAUGGUGGUUUUAUACCAAAGAAACCGAAUCCUCCUGAGCCAUGACAACUCACAUGGAGCUCCUGAUGGUGUUUCGUCUCUGUCACACACUUUAUCAGAGAGCAGUUGAGUCCUUUAGACAUUGUUGAGUUUCUUUUAAUUUCCUCUUAGUUUUUUUCUACUUCCACAUUUUUUGUGGCGGUCCGCUCCAGGACCUUAGGAUAGACGUGGAGGUUCUGUUCACUCAAGACGAGGCGCCUCGCCUAUCUACAACGUGCCUAUGGUUAAAAACGAAGCAAUCAUAAUUUAUCUCAUGUUACCUUAAAGGUUAUUAACUAUAUUUUAAAAGAGAACUAUAUUGUUUAAUUUGAGUUUUUUUGUAACCUUUUACUUUUAAUGUUUUCUUUGUUUGAGGAUGCUUGAUACUUGAGGCUGACUAAUUUGAAUGUACAUAUCUGUGAAUAUUAAUUGCACAGAAGGAACAACUUUGAUAUCAACCCCAUGCAAAUCUUAUGCUUACUGUGCACUAACAGAUGGACACUCAGAUUCAGAUUUUGUAUGCAUGGCACUGAAGGUAAAGGAAAUCUGCUUGGGUUGACAUGUGCUUUCUAAUAAAAUAGAAGUUACUCAAAGAAA